AGCUCCGACCCAGAGUACCGUUCCAGUUGGAAUGGUGCCUCAUUUACAAAAGGAUGUCCAGAAAAUAAGUAUCGUGGAUCAUUGCUUGGUAGGUCUGUAUCAUACGUAUAGAAGACUGUUAAAUCCUCCUGUCUGUAAGAAUCGGUGGCUCACCACUCAGACAUAACCUUUCACUUGCAUUGACUUUCUCCUUGGCACCAGACGUUGCUAGGAAAGGAAAUCACAUUGAUCAGACGCCUAUUGAUAUGCGUGACAGCGUGGGGUUCUGCUUCUGCUUCUACACCCACUUCGAAUCCACCUGCUCUGAAAGACUGCAUGCCUACCUGGACAAUCAUCUCACCGUGCGAGAAAGACUAUGAUCAUCCAAUGCGCAUGAACAUAUUUCGGGUCAUGAAAACGGUCUACCGUAUAUUGGACCCACCAAAUGAGCCGUCGGCAGUUGACGAAGGAAAACACAUCGCAACCCUCGGAUACACAGUGUCACAAGAAAUGCCAGGACCUCCUGACCUAUCAAGUCUUGUCAUCCAUUUCCGUCUCUCUACAAAGAUUGUUACGCACUUUGUUGUCGCGUUCUGUGACCUGCAGAUCGUAGACACGGUACAAAACAUGUGCAUCCCCGUCCCAUGCGAACUUACGUCGGUCAUGGCAGACAUCUAUGAGUUCGUAGUCGCGAGGUCGGCCUCCUGUCGUGGGUUGAACUCAGUGGAGGAGUGUGACCUUGCACGCAGGAUAUGGAAACAGCUGCAAGCGGAGAAGUACCAUAAACGCCUUUUACAGCAAGAAGUUGUUAGUGACAUAGACAUCACCUGUUUACGACCAGGUUCUCCGCGGUGUUCUAUAUGCGACUCCAAUCUUAUCCACUGCAACAGCUGUCAGGUUGCAUCGUGCGAGUCGGAUGAUUGCCCGGGGUCUUCUGAACCCCCGCUCGCGCAGUGCGGCAGACAUCAGAAGGAGGUGUUGUGUUUCCCAUGCCUUGAAGAGCAGGGGUACGAGGCGGAGCUAGAAAGGUGUCCUGGGUGUAAAUCGUGGUGUUGCACGAGGGAUAUGUCAUCGUGUAGCGGUCAUCCCAUCGGCAUUCAGCUUAUUCCUAACUCACCCGGCAGCAAGUCCGUACUUCCUGACCUGAUCGUCGCAUAUGCCCAAUCUGCACGUGAUCACCCUCCGAAGCGCGGUUCCUGUAUGGAAUGCGAGCUGCCCGGGUGGCGGAGCUGUAACAGUACGCUAUGUUGGUCUCAAACGAUCUGCCCAGAGUGCGCAAGCGUUGGUGCGACGUGUCUGUGUCAGGAAGUAUGGGCAUGCGACCUCUGCGCAGAGCAUAUUCCAGGGGUCUUCAUUCGUUGUCCGCGCUGCAACCGGCCGUUCUGCUGCUCUUGCUCUUAUAUCGAUGAAUGUCCAAGAGUGCCACCGCACGAACCUCUGCUAUGACUGCGCCGAAGAAGAGUCAGAUGUGGACGACGGGGUGAUGGUGGAAUUUCCUAGAUUUGUCGCGUCAUGCGGAAGUUGUCAAGCGAAGGU